AACGAUACUCUCUUUGCUAGACAAGCUAUGCCAGAAGUGACAAUCCGAAUGCAUACAUCAGAUAAACCUUGGAUUACCCCAAAAAUAAAGGCACAGAUUAAAGCUAGGCAAAAGGCUUACUGCCGUGGUGAUAAACCCAAGUACGACCAAUUAUGUAAAAAGGUCUCAAAGUUAAUUCGGAAUGCAAAACAAUCGGUUUAUCAUACCGAAGGGAGAGAUCUUCGCCAAAAAGAUCCUGCAAAAUGGUAUAAAACUGUCUAUACUCUUUUGGGUGCUGAAACGAAUCAUAACUCUUUACAAACUCCAUCUAAUGAAGAUCUGUCAAAGGUUGCUGAAAACCUACAAACUGCUUUUACAAACCCAUGGAAAGAUAUCAAUGUUGACCUCCCGGACAUAAAUGAAGUUAAUCACUUACUUAAGGAUACGUCACCACCGCUAACUUCCUUAGGGCAAGGACGAUCCUGCCUAAAGCACCUUAACCCAAAGAAAGCAACAGGAAUAGAUAAAAUCCCUGCCUGGUUUUUAAAGCACUGCUGUGAUGAUCUUACGCCAGCGAUACAUAGUAUCAUAACAGGCAGCAUUACCCAAUCCAAGUAUCCUACUGCGUACAAGCAUGCAAUUGUAACUCCGGUACCAAAGAUACAUCAACCCAAAGAUAUAAACAACGAUUUCAGGCAAAUUUCUGUGCUUCCUCAUCUAGCUAAAAUGAUAGAGAAAAUCCAGUUGGAACUCAACUCUCAUGAUCUGGCAAUAAAGGACAACCAACAUGCUUUCGUUAAAAAUCGAUCCACUGUUUCAGCCCUGAUCUCGAUGACCCAGAAGUGGUUUGAUGUAACAGAUAACUCCAAUAUUGGAAGAAAAGGGGUCCAUACCAUAGAAUAAGAACUGAAUAGAAGUGCCACUCAAGUCGGAACCUUUGAUGUAAAUGGCGCCGCGCAUGUCGCCUCGCGCAUUUCGGCCGCCAUCUUCCCAGCAAGUAAAAAUGGAGGAUUUCAUAUAAAGUUAUUAGGGAGUUAACUGCAAAAAUUGGAUUUUCAGCGACGAUUUCCUUCUAAAUUAUCAAAAAAUGAAUGAUUUGUUUAAAAAGAAAGUAUGUGGUCUUAUCUAGUCUUAUUUACAAAGAAUAUUUAAAGUUUUGAAGCUGUAAUUUAACAAUUUAGUGCGGUGUUUUUCGUGACCAAGAUAGUAUUCAUAGUUAGGUUUGAGUAAUUUUUAUAUUUUUGUUCGUAUUCAGGCCUUAAAAUAUCUUUUAUAUGGCCGUCUGACAAAAUGUCCGGUGACAUUGAGUUUGGGUCGGACAUAUGUCCGAUGACCUUCAGUUCAGUUUUGACUCGGAAAUAAGUCUGAAUGACACAAAUGAAUAAACGGUAAAUGUUGUAAAGAUAUUAAAUAAUUUGUUUCUUUCAUACUUAUUUCCAAUCCAAAAUUAACUUGUUUGCCAGAACAGCAGUGUUAAAAAAGACUUCGACAACUUAAGCCCGUUUUCCACUUCACCAUUUCGCUCGCCGCCCCGCGUUCGACUACGUUAAAACAAUAUAUUUCCAGUUCACCUUUUAUACAAUAGUACUCUGAUUUUCCAUUUAACAUACAUGCCUCUAGUCCUAGGCUAAGGUACAUUUUAAUUUACGUCGGACAAAGCUACAGUUCGGUCGGACACCAAUUCACGUGGGUCGGACAAACAAUAAACCUCAGUUUCACUUUGGUCGGACAGAAUGUCCGGUGGUUUCCUCUCUACGUCGGACAAUUUCACGAAUGGGUCGGACAAUGUCCGUGACCGAGCAAUACGGCUACAAAAUAUAUUCUUACAUGAAAAUUUUGUAUUGCUUUACUUAAUUUUGAAAGACAUCAUGUUAUGUCAUACCGUUUCUGGUUGGUAAUUUGCAUAUUAAAUCCAACUUAUCCAAGCACAAUUUUAAGAAAUACAUGAAUCAUAUGUAUUGUUGGAAAUAUGCAAUUGGCUGGCUGAUUAGUUGAUAUAAGAGACUUAAGUUGAUCAGUACACUUUGUUUUAAGUUUCCUCAAAUUAUUUAAUAUCCAUUUUAGUUUAAUAUUAGUGAUACUCAUUACUGUUCUUGCAUGCACUAUAUACCAGCAUAUCACUGAUAUAUUUCCUUUUUUUUCAGUUUGAAAGAUCACAGAUGAAACAACUUCCAUGA